AUGAAGCAAAAGCGCAAAGCCCAGAACAGGCAAGCUCAGAGAGCAUUUCGAAUCAGGCAGCAGGAAGCCUUGGAUAAUGCACACAUCAGAAUGCAGGCUCUGGAGACUGAGCUCCAGAGCGCCCUUACGGAGAAGAACCAUUAUGAAAGGCUCUUCUACGAUCUCACCGACAAAUAUGAGCAGCUGGCGGUGAAAUACAGGCAGCCGGCGACAGCAGGCUGCGAUGGUGCCCCAGACGGUGCUGGUGUGAACAAGCGUCGCCGGGAAAAUGCCAAUGCGAAAAUCUCCAAUUUUGAUUAG